AUGCUUCUAACUCGUUCUUUCCCAGAACCUCACCUUGUCCAGCCCCUGGCACCCAGACCCCGGGCCCAGACCCCGUGCCCAGCCCCAGGCACCCAGACCCCGGGCCCAGACCCCGUGCCCAGCCCCAGGCACCCAGACCCCGUGCCCAGCCCCAGGCACCCAGACCCCGUACCCAUCCCCUGGCACCCAGACCCCGUGCCCAGCCCCUGGCACCCAGACCCCGUGCCCAGCCCCAGGCACCCAGACCCCGUGCCCAGCCCCAGGCACCCAGACCCCGGGCCCAGCCCCUGGCACCCAGACCCCGUGCCCAGCCCCUGGCACCCAGACCCCGUGCCCAGCCCCUGGCACCCAGACCCCGUGCCCAGCCCCUGGCACCCAGACCCCGUGCCCAGCCCCUGGCACCCAGACCCCGUGCCCAGCCCCUGGCACCCAGACCCCGUGCCCAGCCCCUGGCACCCAGACCCCGUGCCCAGCCCCUGGCACCCAGACCCCGGGCCCAGCCCCUGGCACCCAGACCCCGGGCCCAGCCCCUGGCACCCAGACCCCGUGCCCAUCCCCUGGCACCCAGACCCCGUGCCCAGCCCCUGGCACCCAGACCCCGUACCCAUCCCCUGGCACCCAGACCCCGUGCCCAGCCCCUGGCACCCAGACCCCGUGCCCAUCCCCUGGCACCCAGACCCCGUGCCCAGCCCCAGGCACCCAGACCCCGGGCCAGCGCUUUGGGACAUUCCCCCCCGACAUGAAAGGUGCAAUUAUACACGUGGAUUGAAAUUGUUUACAAAGUUAAUACAUAAAAAACUUGUUUCAGAUUCUGUAAAUUGA